AUGACGGAUGGCUUGCUCUUGUCGGUGUCAUCGUACGCCCAGGAUGUCUUGGCCUUUGCCUCCAUGUUCUUGAACAAAUGCGGGUUCCUGUCAGCGGUACCAAGAUCUGCUCCGAUAGGCAUUGCUGCGCAGACCUUCGCAUCCGUGGAGGAGAGGAACGAGAUGAUGCUCCAAAACAGUUUCCUCCGCGAGCGCUUCACCGAGGAGUAUGAAAACAAGCUGUACAAGUGCGGCGUGCGGCUUGCUGUCUUCAACCAAGCCCUGCGGCGGUCGGAGGUGAUGACCAACACUGCCCGGAUGGAUGCCGGGUUUGGGCACUUCAUUACGCCACUCCCUGCCGACGGCCUUGAGAUGGCGGCGCUGUACGGAUCCAAGUCUUUGUGGGCGACCGAUCAAGGCUAUUUCUACUCCAUCGGCCUGAUCCCAGCGACGGUUUGCGCUUCGAAGAAGUUCGUCACUGAGACGAAGAUGCCGUUCUGUGAGGUGAUCAAGGGCGAUCUGGACGAGACCAUGGAGGACUUCCGCUUCUCGAAGAAGAGGGAGGUGACCUUCGCCUACCUGGGCGAUGGGGACGACUUCGGGCUCUUCUUGGAUGGCUACACUCUGGAACGCGUGAUCCUGUGGAAGCGGGUGCCCUUGGUGAUGAAGUUUCAGCGGCACCUGGAUGCCAUUGGCAGGCCGUACACGGUCACCCUCUGCCGGUGCGGUAAAUGGGGGCGACAGGUCGACUUGGCCAUGAAAUACUCAGGCACCAGGAACCCUGAUCAGCUCCAGGCACCCAGGCACCCAGGCUCUCAGGCUCCAAGGCCCAGUAGAGUCGCUGCCGCCAUGAUUCCAGGCACUUUGAGGCAGUGGCUGGACGGCUGGGGGUCCGGCUUUCAGAGUGCCACCGAGGCCAGCAUCGGUGCCACUCAUGCCCGUUUUGGUCUCGGGGCGGCCAAACUUCCACAAAGAUUGUUGGUGGGAACUGAUUGCAGUGGCAUUGAUGCACCGAUCCAUGGCCUUAGGGAGCUCGGCAUCACGCACCAGCAUUUGUUUGGGAGUGAGGUGGCUGCUGGUCCUCGGUCGGUUAUCGAGGCUAAUACCAAGCCCUCGGUACUGUUCCACAGUGUCCUGGAUGCUGACAAGGCACCGUUCGUUCACCUGUACAUUGCCGGCUUCAGCUGCAAGCCGUUCAGCCUGCUCCACAAUAAGUCAAGGCUCCUCAAGGAAAAACAGGCUCAAAUAUUCUAUGGGGUCGUUGCACGCAUCCAACUUGUGCGGCCCUCGUGCUUCGUGCUGGAGAAUGUGUCAGGCAUCAAGCGUGUUUCUGCAAAGGUUCUGGCGGCACUCAGGUCCACAGGCUAUCAUGUCGAAAUGAUUUUGAUGAACCCUGCCGAGCUACAGGAGCCCAUCCAGAGGCCUAGGUACUACUUCAUCGGGGUCCGGCAAGAUGUGAGCCUCAUCUCGCCAAAGGACAUGUCGUGCUGGCUUCGUGAGGCUUGGGCGGAAGUCCUGGAUGCAGUUGCUUCCGGAGACGCAGUCGAUCUUUUGGAUAGACUGCUACCGGCGAGCCACCCUGCUGUGGCACAGUACCAGGAAAGCCGCAAACGGAAGUGGUCGCAAGCUUCCAACCGUGGGUUCCCAGGCUCCCAGGCUCCAGGCUCCCAUGCUCCAAAGUGGAAAGAAUUGCACAAGAUGUGCAAAGCUUCAAUGCAGCAGGGCAGCCGGUUGAAGAGUGAGAGUCGGAGGCCUUGCACUGAGAGCGGAGUCGCCUGCUGCGCAGACACGUUGUUCCUGCAUUUGCCGCGUGAGCGUGAUGCCUGGGACAUCAUUUGCACAAAGCAUGCAGGCAGUAAGGAGCUUGUCGCGGAUGUAUCCCAGAAUGUGAACCGAGCCCGGGUGCGGACCGAUGGCUCCCUGCCUACUGUUACACCUGGGGCCGUACUGGUAUCCGCACGAGCUGGAAGGAUCAUUAGCCCGCUUGAAAAAGUCAUGCUGCACGGUUUUCCAAUUCACCGUAUGGUUUUUCCCAGCAAAGUGACCGACAAGGAGCUCGCCAGCAUGGGCGGCAACACGAUGCAUGUGCAGAUUGUAGCCGUGGCAAUGAAGUUUGCGCUUGCGUUGGUAAACUGGAGCCUGCCCAAAGCUUCCCGGCCGACAGCCUUGUGCAGCACCGUUGCUGCGCCAAGCAUAACUGCUUCAGUUGUGCUCGGCGCAGCAGCUCCCAAGGCGCGAAAGGCUGCAUCGGCGCAGAAGCCUCCAAAGGCACCAAAGGCUCCAAAGGCUCAGAAGGCUGAAGGCAUGUCAGCUUUGGCAAAGCGUUGGCAGAAAGUCUUGAGACCGCAGGCAGCAAAGAAGUGCUCGAGGAAGGGUGCCACGGCCACAUUGGCGAUUUCAAUGCCAGUGGGUAGCCGCACCCUGCGUGGUCUUGCCGCUCGGUUCGGACUACGCUCCCGGAAGCAGGACCGGACGCCGACAAAAAAAAGACGAGGUCCACAAGGAUCCGUGCCUGCGGCCCCGAAGAAGCUUCGGCUCGAGUCCGGCGAAGGCCUGGCUCAGGAGGGCGACGACGACACCGGAGGCGAUUGGGGCAUCGGCUGUCGCUUUUGUGCACACUUGAUGAAUGUUUUGGCACAGAACCCAGCAGAGCGGAAGAGGCUGGGCAGUCGCCUCUCUACCAAGUGGGGUGCCUAUGAGGCCCGAUCAAGGAGUGCGAUGCAGGCAUGCUGCAUACACGCUCACAGCAAGACCUUCGUUCACCAGGUGGCCACGAAGGUUUACCUAGCUCCUGACACGCCGAUCUCACAGUGCUUGCCUUACAGCAUCAAGCAUCAGCACCUCUUCUCCGGCAACGUUCCUCAGCCGGCAGAUUGGCUGCGAGCGUGGCGGGCGUGCCGGACAGCAUCUUCUUUCAAAGGUGCCGUGAAAUUCUAUUCCACGGAAGACUUCGCUGCUGGCAGGAACACGAAGCUUGACAGUGUGAGCCAGGAUGCAGCACUUUAA